AUGGGCAGCGUCGAAACCUCGUCGUUGAUGAGGGACUUGCUCAAGCAGGCCGGCGGCGUGGCGGUGGUUGAUGGUGGACUUGCCACCGAGCUCGAACGCCACGGCGCUGACCUCAACGAUCCCCUCUGGAGCGCAAAAUGCCUCCUCACUUCCCCUCAUCUCAUUCGAACGGUUCACCUUGAUUACCUUGAAGCUGGUGCAGAUAUCAUAAUCACAGCAUCUUAUCAGGCCACCAUUCAAGGUUUUGAGGCCAAAGGCUUUUCCACAGAAGAGAGUGAAGACUUGCUUAGGAAAAGUGUUGAAAUUGCCCGUGAGGCACGUAAUAUCUAUUACGACAGAUGUACUGAAGGCUCUUCUGGUGACAGUGGAAAUGGUAGAAUUCUCAAGCGUCGGAAAAUCUUAGUUGCAGCAUCUGUGGGGAGCUACGGUGCUUAUUUGGCUGAUGGGUCUGAGUACAGUGGAGAUUACGGCGAGGCUAUGACACUAGGAACAUUAAAAGAUUUUCAUCGGAGAAGGGUCCGAGUGCUAGCAGAAGCAGGUCCUGACCUACUUGCGUUUGAGACGGUUCCAAAUAAGCUUGAAGCUCAGGCUUACGCUGAGCUUUUGGAAGAAGAAAACAUGGAACUUCCUGCGUGGUUUUCUUUCAACUCUAAAGAUGGCGUGAAUGUUGUUAGUGGUGAUUCUCUCCUUGAAUGUGCUGCAAUUGCUGAAUCAUGCAAGAAUGUUGUCGCAGUUGGAAUAAACUGCACUCCUCCUAGAUUUAUUCAUGGACUGUUAACAUCAAUUACAAAGGUGGCUACAAAACCGAUAAUUGUGUACCCCAAUAGUGGUGAAAGCUAUGAUGCUGAUAGAAAGAUGUGGGUGCAAAAUACUGGUGUUUCAGAUGAAGAUUUUGUCUCGUAUGUAAACAAAUGGUGUGAGGUAGGGGCUUCCCUUGUAGGAGGCUGUUGCAGAACAACCCCACAGACUAUCAGAGCCAUAUACAGGACCCUUCCCAAUAGGUCAACAACUCCACCGGAGCAGUAA